AACAAAUUUUAUCAAAUUAGCUUCCUUGAUACUUCUUUGCAUAUUCAAAUCUAUGAAAAAAUUUCUUGAGAAAUGUCGAAACAUCUUAAUGUUAAUAUGCCCAUAAACAUGUCAAGAAGAACAAUUUGCAUGAAAGUUUCAAUCUUUAAAUUCUAAAUUUCACAUUUUUCAUGAAAGUUCACAACUUUUAACCUUUUUUUUUUUCUAAUUUAAAAUACAAAAAAUACUGAGGAUUAACACAAAGUGGAAUUUUUGGAUUACCAAUCAAAAUUCAAUGGGGGACGAAGACCCAUGGUUAGGUCGAGACAAGUUGUACCAUGUCCUCUUCUGCUUUUCUCUAACCCUUUUCUUCUCCACCUUGGCUAACCUAACCCGCUACCCUUUUCUGCGUCGCCACUCCAUUUGGAUUGGAUCAAUCGCUUCCCUCUUCGCCGGCGCCGCCAAAGAGGUCGCCGACGAAUUGGGGUUUUUUAGAUCGGCCGGAGCCUCGUCAAGAGACGCCGUCGCUGAUAUCCUCGGUGUUCUUAUUGGUGGUUUUGUUCUAUCGUUAGUUAAGCGUUGCUCUCGACCUAAUUAUAAUCAUGUAACGGAUCAAAAUCGAGGGAUUUCGCUGGUUUGAGAAGGGGCAUAAGGGAAUUUGUGUUGGGUUGUGAAAAGGGGUAGAAUUUGUUUGGUUGCUGAGAAAUUUUUUGCAAAAGUGAACCUGUCACCUUCUGAAGCUCCUCCUUGUUGAAGGCUUGUCAUUAUCAUCGCGAUUUUCCUCUGGCAGCUUGACAGCAGAAUAGACUCCUGCACCGCAAAGUGCUCCAAGAAUAGGAGCUGUGAGGUACACCCAUAUGGCUUCGUAGUUGUUUGCAGCUAUUGCUGGCCCUAAGGUCCUCACAGGGUUCAUUGAAGCUCCUGUUAUUUCCCUACAAAAUCAAAGGAAGCUCGAUAUAUGGUAAGGUCAGAGUUCAAACAUACCCUGCAACAAGAAUGUUGAGCAUAACAGUUGCUCCCACCGCGAUUCCUGCCAGCUCUCCCACCUGCGUGACAUGUUAGAAGAUUCUUUUCAUGUCCUUUAAUUUAAUUUUCCUAUUAUUGAUUGAUUAAAUCGCAUUGAAUCUGUGAAUUAUUAAUUAUUUGUUUAAUACUAUACUGCUCAAUUUCAAUGAAAGAUUUUCUUGUCUAUUUAUGGCAAA